AGCGCAAGAGGGAAACGGAACACUCAGGCUGGGCGCUUGGGCCGGCCCGGUCCGGCCUAGGGGCUCGCAUCCGCCGCGGGAGGGAGGCGGUUCCAGAGGCAGAGGCAGAGCCCGGCCCGGGAGGAGCCAGCUCUCACAACCCCAUGGCCUCAAGUGGCUGCUGAGUCUCAUCUGGCUUUUGGUGAGGGGUGGGGUGAGGGACAACACCCCACCCCACCUAGGGGCUGGUCAUGGGCAGCCCUUAUGAAGAUUACCUGAAUCCCAACAAAGUGUUUGAACACUACAACUUCACCAAGGAGACUCCCGUACCCCCAGACACGCCAUCCCGCCAGGCAGCCUCAGCGUUCAUUGUCCUGCUCUGCUGUGCCAUCAUCCUGGAGAACUUGCUUGUACUGGCUGCUGUUGUUCGGAAUAGCAAGUUUCAUUCAGCCAUGUACUUGUUCCUGGGCAACUUGGCAGCCUCCGAUCUGCUGGCUGGUAUAGCUUUCAUCGCCAAUACCCUGUUGUCUGGCCCUCGAACGCUGCAGCUGACCCCUGUGCUCUGGUUUGUCCGAGAGGGCUCGGCCUUCAUCACACUUUCUGCCUCAGUCUUCAGCCUGCUGGCCAUUGCCAUUGAGCGGCAUGUAGCUAUUGCAAAAGUGAAGGUGUAUGGUAGUGACAAGAGCUGCCGGAUGCUGCUGCUGAUUGGGGCUUGCUGGGUCAUCUCUCUGGCCCUGGGAGGUCUGCCCAUCCUUGGUUGGAAUUGCCUAGGUCAGCUGGAUGCCUGCUCUACGGUGCUGCCACUCUAUGCCAAGUCCUACAUCCUCUUUGUGGUGACUGUCUUCACCGCCAUCUUGCUGGCUAUAGUUGCCCUCUACGUGCGCAUCUACUGCGUAGUGCGUUCUAGCCACGCAGAGCUGGCAGGACCACAUACCUUGGCACUGCUGAAGACAGUGACUAUUGUGUUGGGCGUCUUCAUUGUUUGCUGGCUGCCAGCCUUCAUUGUACUCCUGCUGGACACCUCCUGCCCUGUCCGUGCCUGCCCUGUGCUCUACAAAGCCCACUACUUCUUUGCCUUUGCCACAUUCAAUUCACUGCUCAAUCCUGUGAUCUACACGUGGCGAAGUAGAGACCUUCGGCGGGAGGUGCUUCGGCCCCUGUGCUGCUGGGGGCCUCGAACCCGGCAGGGCCGAGGAGGGCCACCAGGGCGCUGCCUUCUGCCCUUUCGAAGCUCAAGCUCCCUGGAACGUGGCACCCAGAUGCCCACAUCACCUACAUUCAUGGAGGGAAACACAGUGGUGUGAAGGGCUUGUGUGUAUGAUUGUGGGGUGAGAAGGAGGUGCUAAAGGGCAUAUUGGUUACCAGAAGGGGGAAUGAUUCUUUGGGGCUAGGUCAGAGCCCACAAUCUCUGGAAGGUUUUGAAUGAGAGGUAGGACAAACUGCUCUUUCCCAAAGAGCCUGAUGUAAGACUAGAGAGGUAUGAGGGGCCAAGGUUGUUACCACUGCCACUCUAGACACCCCAUCUUUUCCACCACCACCCCCUAUACUUGUUCCUUUCCUUGUGUAAAUAUCUAAUACCUUUAAUUUCCACCUUUCCCUUCCAAUUUCUGAAGGGUUCAGGGACUCCUCCCUCUCUGUCCUUCCAACUGUACAAGUCCACAGCUUCCCCAAAUCUUGACAGCUGACAGUUAUACCUCCUUCCCUUCCUCACCCUACCACAUGCUGGGAAAUCACAAGAUGGGAAGGGGGAGGGCUGCCAAGCCCCAUUCUUGGGCUUCUGUGGCUAAGUAUGCUGUUGUGCGGUGGAGAAUAAAGGGAGAAGACACUGAGGUCCCAAAGACUUGACUUGGAGGAUUGGGGGAACAGGGAGGAGGCCAAUCUGUUGAAGGCCUACCCCCAGGAGCCAGGUUCCCCUGGAGGUCUUCUCCUGUCACCUCCCCCCUCACUUGUUAGACCAGUUUGGGGAGUAGGGGAGUACUCCUGACAUCCAAUAUUAGGGGUGAAAAAGCUGGGGUUAGCUCUUGUGGGGGAUACAUACUACUCUCUCACCAUGGGAUUUGGUCCUCCUUCUCCAUCCCAGCUUUCCUCCCUACUUAUUCAUCCUUUUCUAGUCCCUACAAAGUAUCAUAUCCCUUAGAACAUGUGAGACCUUUAACUCUUGCAGACUGGCUUUGCCCAGUUCAAGUUAGAUUGAAUGGGAGUUGGAAGAAUAAAUGCCCUGGGGGCUGCAACCCCUCCCCAACACCCCAACUCUAUAGAAAAAAUCUAGAAUCCUGUGGAUGAAAUGGAAUCAAACGGUACAAAUGACAAUGUAUAUUUAUGUCUGUGAGAAUGCGAGUGCUUCUUUGUGUGUAUGUGUGUCUCCAUCCCCCCACCCCUUUGUUUUUUCUCAGUGACUUGUAGUUUGAAUAUUCCACAUUUUUGUUUCUCUGGUCUUUGUUGAAGUAACCCAAGGGGAGAGGGAAACGGUUCUCUCCUUCCGGUCCUAACGCUUCUUGUGGAAUGACUAGGAAGUCAUUCCCAUUGGGGGUGGGGGUGGGGCAGGGCUCUCACACGCUGCCUAUUGUCCACUAAUCGGGCAAAAGGGUCCUUAACAGGACUCUUGAGAGGAGACUUUUUGCCAAAGACAACUGCAAUGAAGAUAAGAAGAGGGGAGAGGAACAGACCCCAUACUAUGUAUGCCUUUUUGGGAAAUCCCACAUGCCUCUCCCUUCCCUCAGCCCCUGAC